GUCGUUACGUUACGUUUAGGCGUCACCAGUUACGCCCUGACGUCAUCGAUUCGGUUCUUCCGCUGCCGGUAGAGUGAACGUGAAGUGAAGCCGAAGAAAAAAGCAGAAGAGUCUUUUUAUGACGGAGAGAGACACCGGAGAACACCCGACACCCGAGCCCGACAACUGUGAGAGUCUAUCCGCUGCAGGUGUUCAACAGUACCAGGACUGCUUCUGACGGUAUGUCAACCCCCAAAGCUUCACGUCAACCACUCAGGCAUACAAGACCACCUCGAGCCUGCAGGAGGACACCUGUCCAGGCAGAUUACGGUGGCACGAAGAAGGAUGAUGAUGAUGAAGAGACAGAGGAUAGUGACAGUUUUGUGGCCAAACCUAGUCGACGCAUUUCUUCCAAACCCGUCAGCUUGUCAGAGGACUCGGGCAGCACGUCGGAGGACUCGGGCAGCACGUCGGAGGACUCGGACAGCACGUCGGAGGACUCGGGCAGCACGGACAAUUCCUCAGAUGUGUUGGAUGUCCCAGAAGAGUCCCAGAAAAUGUGUCGGACCAGCAGACUGCUGAUCACUAAAGAACGUAAUAAAACCACAAAGGCCAAAUUUGCAUUCGUGAGCAGUGAUGAAGACGACACCAUGGAUUCAACAAGCAGCUCAGCAGAGUCGCAGGGUGUGAUGGGUGUGAUGGGGGAGCUGGUCUGGGGUAAGGUGGAGGGCUUCUCUCUCUGGCCGGCUGUCAUCGUGCCGUGCAGGGAAGACGAUCAGCUCUCAGGGCAGAGGAUGGUGCAGUGGUUCGGACAGAGAAUGUCCUCUAAGGUCAGCCUGAAGACUCUGAAACCAUUCGCUGCCUUCGCUCAGCACUUCUCUCCGAACUCCUUCGCCAUCCUUGUCACCUACAGAGAAGCCAUCUUCCUGUCCCUGCAGGAGGCAGCUCUACGCUGUCAGAAACAUUCUCUGCGUGUCUCGAGGACAGAGACGAUCUGCUGAAACAGCUGUUGGACUGGGCGCUCGGAGGAUUUCAACCCACGGGGCCGGAAAGACUCAAACCAACGGCAGCCCUGAAUGGUGUUUCGAGACCAAAGUGAAGAAGAAACUCUUUAUGAACGACAACUCCUCUCAGCACUCCCUCAGCCCCUCCACCCAGAUGAACAUCAGCGCCUACAAGCUGAAAGACGUGGCUGUCUGCUU